ACGACAGAACGUCAUCUGUAAACGAACAUGGCUGAUGAGUGAAAGAAACAUCCUGGAAGAUCCAGAGUUGCCUGAUUUAAAAGUGUUGUGCUUGAAAUAUUAUUUGAUAUUUCCAGUGGUCAGAGUGAAUUCAGGGUGUAUUAAAGAUAUAUAAAAAGUAUAGCAAUAUGACAUUAUCAAGAGGGUUCACGUAGUAGAAGCUCUGACAAGAGAGCAGCUACAUUGAAGAUGACACAAGCCAACAGGAAAAGAGGACGCACUAUCGAAGAGGAGUCUGGAGAAUUUAUGCCACUAAGCAAGAGGAUCAAUAAUCUUCACAUAAAUGGCUAUGCUGCUCGAUUACAAGAAAGUUCACAGGCGAAGAUGGAAUCAGAUUGGGAAAAUAGAAACUUUAUGCCGUCACCAAACCACGCAGAACCAUCUCAGGGUUCUUCAUCAUCUUCAUCCUGCGAUGGCUGUAGUUCCAGUAAAAGUAGCUACACUGCAGAAUAUAGACCUGAUCUUGAUGCCAAUGAUAAUCCCUUCUAUUACGAAAACAACAAGCUCUUGUAUUCUUUAUAUAUGGAACGCAUGCAAAGAAUGUCUGAUCUUUACUGACCCUGCGUUCACUGGGAUCAUUUGAAUCCUCUAGGACAUUUUCAAAAUAUAUAUGGACAUUUCACUAUCAUUUUUCCUCGAUUAACUGACAUACAUGUCACUGACAUAAUGUGUCAAGUUCUGUGAAAUCUCGUGUAGAAGACAUUGAUAAAUGACUCCAUCUAAUUUUCAUUACUGGGUUCAUUAAAAUGAUAUAGAUGCAAUUCAAAUAAAAAAAAUGACAUAUUAAUUUUUAA